AUGGAUCUUAACGACUUCCUGCGCAGCACCAAAACCGCAGCAGACGAUGAUAAGGUUGACGUGCGGACGUUGCUGUCGGGUCACAAGCGCUUUGCAGAUGCCGAAGAGGUGCCAUCCGUGGCGUCCUCCAGCGGUGUCGAUGCGAAUAGAAAACGCUCUCGCCGUAGCGGCACUGUGGAGGGGCUGAACAUACAGGCGGCGCAGGAAGCCCUUGUGCUGGACCGCUGUAACACCUCCGCUCAGGCGCAGCAGCAGCGCGCGAAGGCUGACCUCUUGUCAGAGCAGGCGGCUGCACGCAUGGUGCAUCAGGUACUGGAAUACGUGAUGCAGGUGGAGCUGGGUGGCCGGCACAACGCAGCCAAGGGGAGCAACGCACCUUUUGUUCCCUCCGUGGCGCAACUGGCGGCUGAGCAGGCCAUGUGGACACCUGCAGCAGGUUAUGUAAUCCAUCACGUUGUACCGGCCACCUUUGACACGUCCCCGCAAACGCUCGACUUGCUGAUGAGCGUCACAGAGAAGGAACGGGUGCCAGACGGAGUACGCGCUCUCCGCGGCACGUUGCACGUAUGCGACACCGAGCGUGAUUUAGUCGGUGGUGUGCGCACCGGCAUGGCGCCGCACCUUCGCGCGCAUGUGCUGGACGUGCUCGAAAAGGGUCUGCGCGGCCAGGCUUGGCUGCGUGACGAUGCGGCAGUGACCACACAGAUCUCCGCGCUUGGCAAGUCGACGACUCCCGAUAAGGGUCCGUCUAGCGUUCUGCUCUUUGGUAAUUCGGCCACAACUCCUGGAGCAGUCAGCGCCGCGACAAGCGAUGCACGCGGCACGGUAUCGGCUGCUGCUGUGGAGCCAAAGCCAUCCUCAAGCAGUUUCUCGCUUGCAGCUUUCCUCAAUGCUCAUGACGGCACUUCGUCAUCGUCGGAUGUUGAGGAUCCGUGA